GUCUGCACCAUUGAAAGUUGACAGUUCAGAGGCACUAAUCUGACAAAGGGACGGUAUAAAUCAACAACUGGACGACCAUUUUUGGAUAUAAACAAACACAAACAGUUGGGGAGCAAAAACACAAAACAGGUGGGGAGUUUUUUUUCCGAGUGUGAGCGGCUGCAUGAGACGGAGACUUGUGAGGACGCACGGGCAACAGAGGAAAACCCAGAGGAGGUGAGUGACGGGUUUACCCUCGGAGGGGUAAAAAGAUGACUGUGGUGUCCCAGGAGAACCACGACGACACUGUGGUCGUAACUCCUUUGCUGCAAGAUGCUGCUGACUUGGAAGCAGCCGACACGGAGUGCAGCGAGCGCGUAGUCAUCAACAUCUCAGGUCUGCGCUUCGAGACGCAGCUAAAGACCCUCUCGCGCUUCCCCACCACGCUUUUGGGAGAUCCGCGUAAACGGAUGCGUUUCUUUGACCCUCUGAGGAAUGAAUACUUCUUUGACAGGAACAGGCCGAGCUUUGACGCCGUCCUCUAUUACUACCAGUCGGGAGGCCGGCUCCGGAGGCCCGUCAGUGUACCUGUGGAUAUUUUCCUGGAGGAGUUACAUUUUUAUGAAUUUGCGGAGGAGACCAUCGAACUUUUCCGAGAAGAUGAGGGUUUAUUGAGGGAGGAGGAUCGCCCUCUGCCAAACAACAUAUACCAACGCCAGUUAUGGCUCCUGUUUGAGUAUCCAGAAAGCUCAGGACCUGCUCGGAUAAACGCCAUUGUGUCUGUUAUGGUUAUUUUAAUUUCCAUUAUCAUAUUCUGCAUGGAGACUUUACCCGAGUUUAGAGAAGUCCCACUGGUGCCAGAAACUCACCCCAAUGGGAGUAUCAUCGCCUUUGAGCACAGUCCGUUCACAGAUCCGUUUUUCAUGGUGGAGACUCUUUGCAUCGUGUGGUUCUCCUUUGAGUUCACCAUGAGGUUUCUGUCGUGUCCCAGUAAAGCGGCUUUCUUUAAAAACAUCAUGAACAUAAUCGAUGUAGUGGCAAUAGUUCCUUAUUUUAUCACCCUGGGCCUUGACCUGGCGGAGCAUCAGGGCAGCAGUCAGCAGGCAGCGUCUCUGGCCAUCCUCAGGGUCAUCCGUCUGGUCCGAGUCUUCAGGAUCUUUAAACUUUCCAGACACUCCAAAGGUCUCCAGAUCCUCGGACAGACACUUCACUCCAGCCUCAGGGAGCUGGGACUGCUCAUCUUCUUCCUGAUUAUUGGAGUUGUUUUAUUCUCCAGUUCGGUUUAUUUCGCAGAAGCAGAAGACCCCGAUUCUGGAUUUACAAGUAUACCCGAUGCUUUUUGGUGGGCAGUGGUGACAAUGACCACAGUUGGAUAUGGAGACAUGUGCCCCUCCACCAUUGGGGGCAAAUUCGUUGGAUCGUUGUGCGCCAUUGCAGGAGUGCUAACCAUAGCUCUACCUGUCCCUGUCAUAGUGUCAAAUUUCAAUUAUUUCUACCACAGAGAGAACGAGGAUGAGGAAAACGUUGUGUAUGUGCACGUCACGUGCGGGCAGCAGCCGCAGCCCUCCUUAAGUGAAAGUGAUUCAAACAAAAGCAACCAGUCGCUCUCCAAAACUGAGUCGUUCCAGGAAAGCGACGACCUGGAAACUUUGACACAUCCAAAAGUUAUCCCAGUGGAGACAUACACACUGAGGCUGACAGAGGUAUAAAACGUUUUAAGACGGUUUUAUUUCUGGUAAGUUGUCUUCCAGUGGACAUAUAUUUAAAGGUCCUUCAUGCUGGGGGCUGCAGUUGCUUUUACGCAAACUGUUCUAAAGUGUUUUUCUAAACUUGGAGCCUCAUAUGUUUAUUCUACAGCCCCCACUAAAGUGAGAACAGGCUUAAAUGUAUCGUGAUGUAUUUAAAUGUGGCAAAGGAAGGGAGCAACAACCAAUACACGUGGAACUGUGCACUGCAGCUAUACCUAUAGCCCUGACAUGCAAACAUUUGGGAACCCCUGGGGCACACAGGGCAUAGCUGAAAUACCAGCAGUAGUAAUUGAGCCAUACGCUAACAAACUGAGCAGUCAAUAGAGGAUAACUGAAAACAAUGUGUGCUUAUCUUUAUUAUAUUAUUAUAAUACUACAUUUCUCAGUUUAGUCAAACAUCUUUUGUAAAAAGACCCGCAAAUGGUGUUUACACACGAACCAAACUUCGAGCCAAUCACGCAGCCAAUUCCCAAACGAGUAUAUUGUUAUUUUUUUGUUAGUAAGAAAAGUGGGUUUGUAUUUCGCUUUGAUGACUCAUAACCGCUGUCGCUUUUGGAAAAUUUGAGCUUUUUUGUGUCUGUUUGGACUGUGGAUUGUUGGCUCAAUCCCUCAGGAUACUAUUGUCAAAAGUGUACAUGUUUUACAUAAUAACGAGAUCAGUUAUCUAUAAUUAAAAGAUACAUAUCUUGUAAUCACGGCAUCGUUUCCUAUACUUAUCUCCUAAAAAAACACAACCUCACAUUGAGAGACCCUCAGACUUUGUUUAUUGGGAGCUUGCAACAUGCCUCUAUUUGAAUCUGAUCAGGAAAGUGAGCUGUGAGCGCCCCUUUGUGGAUUAAACACAUCCCUGCACACUGCUCAGACUGCUGGGUAAAAUGAACACUUCAGCUUGUGUAUCUGCAGUGUUGCACCUGGCAUUGACUGAUUUAGGCAUAAGCCCCUGAGAUCAUGCUCUUUGACUGUAUGGAUGCUUGUGAUGGUUAACUAAGCUAAGCAGAAGCCUGACUGCUCUCUCUUACUGUUUACUUAGUUAGUUUUAUUUUCUGCUUACUUGCAGGAGGCAGACGAGUUUGUGAAGCUUGUUUCAGAGUCACAACAAAACCCAAGCGUGGGAUUCUCUUAUCCUCCAAAGUAGUGGAUAAUUUCCUCAUCAAUAAUUGUGCAUUGCCAGUGUUGUAACCUACAGAGAUGGGGGAAACACUUUGGAAUGGUUCAGUCUGCCUUGUGUGUAUAAUCAGAUAGGAAAAACAACAUUCUUUUGUGCAGGCUGUAUAAAUGACCACGCUCUCUGUGUAUAAAAAGCCUUGCAUAUACUGAGUUUUUUGUAAUUCUGAAUCUUCCCUUUUCUUAUGCAGAUUUUUAAUGCAACUUGGAAUGGCAUCUGACCUGUGUUGUGACAAUCAUUCGGAUUGCAUUGCAGCUCGCAGUGUACAGAGAACAUAGCCCACAUAGACAUUACAAUGCAAUGUCUGCAUGACACGAAUGCAUUGUGAAUUUUAAAUGUAAUAAAAUAUUUAUUUUUCUAAU